GCGUCGCGGUUUCAUUCUAGACUAGAGGGACACAGAGCCCAGACUUAGAACUAACUGUUCCAGCUGCGUGCGAGCGCGCCGAGCGGGCGGCGACAUGGGCGCCAGGAGGCUCCGGGUCAGAAGCCGGAGGAACCGGGACAGCCCGGUGCCUACCCUGUGCAAUCAGACCGAGUGCUUCGACCCUCUGGUGCGAAACUGCGUGUCCUGUGAGCUCUUCCACACGCCGGACACUGGACAUACAAGCAGCCUGGAGCCCGGGACAGCUCUGCAGCCUCAGGAGGGCUCGGGGCUGAGACCCGACGUGGCGCUGCUCUUUGGUGCCCCUGCACUCCUGGGACUGGUACUGGCGCUGACCCUCGUCGGUCUGGUGAGUCUGGUGGGCUGGAGGUGGCGGCAACGGCUCAGGAUGGCCUCCCAGGACACUUCAGAAGGAGUCCAGCAGGAGUCCCUGGAAAAUGUCUUUGUACCCUCCUCAGAAACCCUUCAUGCCUCGGCUCCUACCUGGUCUCCACUCAAAGAAGAUGCAGAGCACGCCCUGCCGUGCCACAGUGUCCCAGUGCCGGCCACAGAACUGGGCUCCACUGAGCUGGUGACCACCAAGACAGCUGGCCCUGAGCAAUAGUGUUGGCGGCAGUGGCGGAGGCUGGGACCCGGGACCGGGAGCUCUGCUGGGCUCGUGGGCCUUCACCCAACAGCUUGGGAAAGAAUUCGGCCCUUCAGUGACGGAGACUUUCGCCUGGGGGUGAAUCCGGCAGAACCAGACACUACAGGCCACAGGAGAUUGUUUUUGUGUUAGCUUUUGGCUUGAAAACAUUCCAUUUUUGAGAUGUUUUAUAAGCCUGUGUGCCUUUGGAUGGUUGGAUAGGCUUACGUGCUGAAUAUUAAUCUCUGGAAUGAGUCAGAGACUGGAAACUUAAUCUCUUUCUAAAAAUUUUGGAUGGUGGACUAGAGACACAGCUCAGCAGUUCAGUUUAUGUGGUGUUCUACCAGGGACCCCAGCUGUUCAGUUUCCUGGUCCUUAAAACCACCUGUAAUUCCAGCCUCAGGAGCAUCCUUCCUCUAAAGGUACCAGCACUCAUUUGCUCCAGUGUACACACAGACACACGCACAGACACACGCAGACACGCGCGCGCGCACACACACACACCACUUAACAUGUUAAAAAUAGUGGCUGGAGAAAUUUCUCAUGGUCAAGAGUGCUUACCAUGAUUCCAGACGAUAAGGGUUUGAUUCCCAGCAUGCACAUCAGGUGGGUCAUUACUGAGCAUAAUGUUUGCUUCAAGGGAUCUGAUGCCUUUGGAUUCCAUGGGCAUCUGUGUUCACAUAUGUGCACACACACACACACACACACACACACAUACACCCUUCCACAAAUUAUAAACUAUAAGCUGGGCAUGGUGGCACACGCCUUUAAUCCCAACACUGGGGAGACACAGGCAGGCAGAUCUCUGAGUUGGAGAACAUCCUGGUCUACAUAGCAAGUUCCAGGCUAACCUAGUGAGCAACAUGGUGAGACCAAGUCUCAAAAUAAUACCAAAAAAAAUCUUUUUAAAUUUUUGAUUUUUUUCUUUUAUUAUUAUUAUUUUUUAAAUUAAUCUCAUGGUGUUUAGUAGUGGUAUACUUAGAUGGUGACUAAGGUGAGGUAAAGCCGUCGGGACUGGACCCCCGAGAUACAAGGAGAGAGAGAGACAAUCCUGCCGAGGAUUGUCCGUGCCAACUCUGGACUCCACCAGCCAGAGGGCAGUCAUCAGAGCAGGCCCUCCAACCUUCAGAGCUGUAAGCUAAAUCACUCUCAUUUCUUUGUAAAGUUAUUUAGCUUUAGGUGUUUUGUUACAGUAACAUAAAACACAGGCACUAUGAGUGAGAGGGUUUUUUCUUUUAGCUGGGAAAGGCACUGUUAAACCAAAAUUAAUCUGAAUAAAGAAAGGCUGCCUGGAAGACUUAA